CGCCGCUGGGGGCCGCCCGCGGGCUGUGCCGGCCAGAGUGCACCGUGCGCCCCGGCCCCACGCCGGCACACGCUGGGCAGCCGCGAGGCGACACGAGCGGCGGAGCCGGCAGGCAGUAGGAAUGCGGAACCGGCGCGCGGGCUGAGGCGGACGGGAUGGCGCAGGGGCGGCGGCGGGCAGCCUGCGCUGGGUCCUAGCGAGCCGGCGGCGGUGGCGUGGGGGCAGCGGCCAUGGCCACUGAGAGGCGCGGAGCCGUGCUGGAGCUGCGGCGGCAGCCGGGCAAUGCGCGCUGUGCUGACUGCGGUGCUCCGGAUCCAGACUGGGCUUCCUACACCCUGGGUGUGUUCAUCUGCCUCAGCUGCUCUGGAAUCCACCGGAACAUCCCCCAGGUCAGCAAGGUGAAAUCAGUCCGCCUGGAUGCCUGGGAGGAGGCCCAAGUGGAGCUCAUGGCCUCCCGAGGGAACGAUGCUGCAAGAGCCACAUUUGAGUCCAAAGUGCCCCCCUUCUACUACCGGCCCACGUUUUCCGACUGCCAACUCCUGCGAGAGCAGUGGAUCCGGGCCAAGUAUGAGCGGCAAGAGUUUAUCCACCCAGAGAAGCAGGAGCCCUACUCGGCAGGGUACCGUGAGGGCUUUCUCUGGAAGCGAGGCCGGGACAACGGGCAAUUUUUAAGCCGGAAGUUUGUGCUGACGGAACGAGAGGGGGCCCUGAAGUAUUUCAACAGAAGUGACGCCAAGGAGCCUAAGGCUGUUAUGAAGAUCGAGCAUCUCAAUGCAACAUUCCAGCCGGCCAAGAUUGGCCAUGCCCACGGCCUGCAGGUCACCUAUCUGAAGGACAACAGCACCCGGAACAUCUUUGUCUACCAUGAAGAUGGGAAGGAGAUUGUGGAUUGGUUCAACGCUAUUCGAGCUGCCCGCUUCCACUACCUGCAGGUGGCGUUCCCCGGAGCAAGUGAUGCAGAUCUGGUGCCAAAGCUCUCCAGGAACUACCUGAAGGAAGGCUACAUGGAAAAGACAGGGCCCAAGCAAACAGAAGGCUUCCGGAAACGAUGGUUCACCAUGGAUGACCGGAGGCUAAUGUACUUCAAAGACCCGCUGGAUGCCUUUGCCAGAGGGGAAGUCUUCAUUGGUAGCAAGGAGAGCGGCUACACGGUGCUGCAUGGGCUCCCACCAUCCACCCAGGGCUACCACUGGCCACAUGGCAUCACCAUUGUCACGCCUGACCGCAAGUUCCUGUUCACCUGUGAGACAGAGUCAGAGCAGCAGGAGUGGGUGGCAGCAUUCCAGAAGGUGGUGGACAGGCCCAUGCUGCCCCAGGAGUAUGCAGUGGAAGCCCACUUCAAGCAUAAACCCUAGCAAGAAGUGGUCUGGAGGCCCAAGACACUGGACUCAUUGUGACAUGACUAAGCCAGACAGGAGCUUGGAGGUGGCCAGAUCACAGGGGACCUUCAGGUCUUCUUCAGGCCUUCAGGAGGGAUACCGGCAUCCUGAGGUGGCCAGCUGUCCUAGCCCCACCCUGCUUCUGGGCAGCCCCAGGCAUGGCCAGGUAAGGCCUGGGCUGCAGUCACUAGGAUGUUUCUCUGGAACCUCAUCGCAGGCCACCUCAGCCCAGGGCCUGGCCUGACCUCUGACCCCAUCAUGCUGCUGCCAACCACGCCCAGCCCACCUACUCCUCUCUCUGCCCAUGAGGCCCCUCCCAGCUCAGGGCAGCCCCCAGGAGCUCCAACUAGCUCCAAGCCACCUGUCUUGUACUUCUAGGCUCCAGGGUAGGAACCCCAUUACCAGGAUGGUCAGGCCAUUGUGGUCAGCAGGUGGUGAGGCUGGCCUGGCCAGGACUCUUGGACCUGCCCGCAUGCUGAGCCCUGACCCGCCUAGUUCUGCCCUACCCAGCCCAACCCCCCGGCUCAGACCCUCCUCCCCACUUCUACCCUCAGCUAGUAUUUAUUGAGCACCUAGUGGGUCAGGGUUAGGGUGGAACUGACCCCAUGGGUGCAGUUUUCCAGGCAGAAGGAAUGGCGUGCUUAGGUCCUGGCCCCAGUGGCUGGAGCCCCUGUGCUCCUGCCCUGGAGGGUCAGCCGGGUGCUGCCUGUGGGUACCCAGCAGCCUUGUUGUUUGCUGGGUGUCUCCCAUGUGCCCAGUUAGGUGCUCACUGACCAGCAACCCCUGCCCACUGGCCCUGACCUUGUGGCCUUUGAACCCUUUGAGGAUGAUGGCCUGAGCCACCAUGAGGCUGCCCAUGGCAGGAGAGGCCCAACAGCCCAGCCCACCCCCACCUGGACAUCUGGCUUGCUGCUGGCGGGCCAGUGGUUACAGCCCUUCUAUUUAUUUCUCACCUGCUCCUCCUGGGACGCGUCCAGCAGUCCAGACUGGGGCUGGGUCCCCGUGGGUGGGAGGUGCCAUACAGUAUAGGUCCUGGCUGUCUGCGCAGACAAGGUGGGGAUGCUCCUGCGGGUGACCCAGUGGCCCAUCCCUCCAGCCCUGCCCAGCUGAGCUGUGUCCGAGGGGAGCCCUGGAUAAGCUGGGAGGGUUCCCAAGGCUGGGCACCCUGCCAUCCCUGCUGCAGCCUGGAAUAAAGUAUGGCUCUGGCGUGUU